AUACUUCAUGAAUUCAGGCAAUGCAGAUAAAUCGAAGAAUUAUUCAACAAACAUUGCUGGUAUUAUAUUUUCUUCUGAGUUAUACUGAGGUUCAAGGAGAAAUAAAACUAUCUGAAGUAGAGGAUCAAGAGUUGGAAAGACAACUUAAACUUUUGAACAAACCUGCAAUCACAACCAUUAAGACGAAGUAUGGAGAUAUAUAUGAUUGUGUGGAUUUUUACAAGCAACCUGCAUUUGAUCAUCCAUCGUUGAAGAAUCACAAUUUUCAUCCAAAGAUGAAGCCUACCUUACCUAGGAUAAUGCAAACUUCAGUUACCCCAACAACUAAUAAGUCAUCGACGAUAUGGCUAAACGAUCGAGGUUGUCCUUUAGGAUCAGUUCCUAUCAAAAGAGUUACUAAAGAUGAUCUUAUCAGACAAAGACUUAUGCCACCACCCGAAGAUGUCGCACUUUAUACUCAAUUUGGUAAGACUAGCAACCACAGUAGUGAGCUGAAAAGAAGAUUCUUAUCUGCAAAAGGAUACAGGGUUGCAAUAGUUUCAACUCCAAAUGAUCCGAAAAACAAGUUCGGGGGAGCUGGAAUGACAGCUACUAUAUGGAAGCCUUAUGUUAAGGAUAUAAUGCAAGUGGAUCCAACAUUAUAUGGCGAUAGUAAAACUAGGAGGUUUAUACAUUUUCAGGCCGGUAAAAAGCAUUGCUUCAAUACACUAUGUCCUGGAUUUGUACUAGUAGAUAACCAACUACCAAUUGAAGCGCCAUUUACUAAAACUUCACGCCGUGGAGAUCCUAAGCACAUAUUUGAAUAUCCAAUGUACAUCGAUCGGGAUCUAGUGAAUGGAAAUUGGUGGGUUUUGCUUGAAGAAACCCAUAAAGAACUCGGUUUUUGGCCUCAACACAUCUUCACUGACUUGGCAACCUUUGCUACGAACAUUGAAUGGGGAGGAAUGGCUUAUAGCCCCGCGAACAUACCUGAACCUCCCAUGGGCUCCGGUUUUUUUCCCGUUAGAAAAUUUCAGUAUGACGCUUCAUGCAGGAAAAUUAUAGUAUUAAACUAUAAAGGUGAGACCAUAGAUGUAACAACGACCCCGCACAGUGAUAAUCCUAAUUUCUACAAGGUUUUCGAUCUUCCAAAUGGAAUAAAUGAAAUGUUUAAGCACAUUAUUUUUUACGGGGGGCCGGGUUCAAUUGAUAACUCUUAAGUCUCCUUGUUUAUUUUGACCAGAAAUAAAAAGUCUCCUUGUUUAUGUA